AACGUCACUUUUCCACCGUGAACGCGUCAGUUUAUGGUUGAUAGACGGGACGGGUUACUUUCUCUUCCACAGUCAAAGCAAGACGACGUUUGGCAAACAGCAGAAAGAAAUUGUGAAGAUUUCUAACUUCUUUCUUUGCAAACGUCUGCGAUAUGGCUUAUUCCCAGUCUGACAAAGACCUUGAAUCGGACAACUGUGGGGAUAUGUCUGAAAUCCACACACGGCUCCAGUCAUUCCAUAACUUCCCCAGGGAUAACCUGGUGUCUCCUCAGAGGCUGGCCAGAGCUGGCUUCUUCUUCACAGGCAACUCUGACCGGGUCAGGUGCUUCAGCUGCAAUCACACCGUGGAGAACUGGAGCAGUGGGGACGCCCCUGUAGAGAGGCAUCAGCAGGUGUCCCCUUCCUGCACGUACCUGAGCUGCACGCACAGAGUCCAGCCAGCCACGCUCAAUGGACACGUGGCCCCAUCAACCAACAAUGCUUCGUACGACGAGGAAAGCGAGGAUCUGGAAUACCGCCUGCGAACGGGAGAGGUUGUGGACGAGACUGACUAUCCAAAACACCCUGACAUGUGCAGCGAGGAAGCCAGGCUGGACACCUUCCAAUCGUGGCCCCCGUCUGCCCCUGUGAGGCCCCGGGAGCUGGCCCAGGCCGGGUUCUAUUACACGAGCUCCAGGGACCGGGUCGAGUGCUUCUGUUGCGGGGGCGUGCUGGGGAACUGGGAGCCUGGAGAUGAAGCCUGGAAGGAGCACGAGAGGCACUUCAGCAACUGCUUCUUCAUCCUGGGCCAUGAAGUGGGGAACAUUCCUUGCCAGCAGUCCCCUGACAUGGAUAGAGUUCCGUACAUGGGAUCCUAUGAGGAGCGUCUCCGCAGCUUCACUGGCAGGCAGCAUCCUGUUGACCCAGAGAGGCUGGCGAGGUCUGGCUUUUACAGCACAGGUGAGUUGGACCAGGUGAUGUGUUUCCACUGUGCAGGGGGUCUGAAGGGCUGGCAGGCUGCUGAGGACCCCUGGGAGGAACAUGCCAAACACUAUCCAGGGUGUAGCUUUCUUAUUGCGGAGAAAGGCCAAGCGUUUGUGAACAGUAUCCAGUUAGGGAAUCCCUGCAGGAACUCUGCUGCAGAACGUGUUCCUAAUGGACUGGCAGUACGACAAGAAGAUUUGGGCAUCAUGCAGUCCUCUGUAGUGCAGAAAGCUCUGGAGAUGGGCUUCGAUGCUGCAGAUGUUGAGAGAACAGCCCGGGAGGGGCUGCGUAAGACUGGGGUGGAGUAUAACUCAGUGGAAGCUCUGAUCAGUGACCUGACCAGUGCUGAAAGCGAGUCAGAUGAAACACAAGAUAACAAGGAGGAGGACCCUAUGGAGAAGCUGCGGAAACUACAGCAGGAGAAGCUCUGUAAAGUGUGCAUGGACAAAAACAUUGCCAUAGUCUUCAUCCCCUGUGGACACCUGGCCACCUGCAAGAAGUGUUCCGAGGUCCUUAGUAAAUGCCCCAUAUGCUGCACACCUAUCAAGCAGAAGGUUAAAACCUACAUCUCGUAAGCCCUGAAUCAAUCAUGCCCCAGAGCAAUGAUUAAACUAGGAUUGCAGGUUAUGCUUUAUUCAAGACGGCAGUUUUGACUUCUGACAUCACAAGCAGAGAAGAGAUUUUUUUUUGUGGUUUUGCAUUGCCGUGGAGCAGACACUGUUAGUGUUUUAAAACUGUAAGUCAUAUUCGAUCGACUUUGGCGCAUUGGGAACAAUGCCACAGCAAACAGGCAGUCCCCAUUAUGACAUGUGCUUCUUACUGAAAUAACAUGACAUUCCAUGCAGUAGAUUAACAGUGAAGCUCAAUUAAUUGAACUCUCUGCAGCAUAGUACAAAGUAAUUAAUUGAUACCCUAGUCACUACCUAAUAGCCCAUUCUCUCCAAGUAAUGCACAAUAAAGCUGUGUUGAAAACCUGACUGAGUGGCUUUGGGUAGUGUGAAUAGAGUACAAGUACUGGGGAAGGAUAGCCUUAAUUGGGCAAACACAAAAUACCUUUGGUGUUAAGGACCGAAUAGUCAGAGUGACUUGUUUGCGACUUUGGGGCUAAGAAAGAUAAUAUGCCAACAAAUGUAUGUGCCCCUGACACGCAAGCCCACUGCAAAGCCUCGAAUUUGAAUAAUAAACAGAAAGUGCAACGCUGUGACAGAGAGACCCUGAAUAUGUUCCUUGAAACCGGCUUGUAUGAACUGUACAGUGAUGCUGCUGUACUGCUGAGAUUGCUAAGCACUGAAGAGAGAGCUGCAUUUAGAUACUGGCCUUGGAAGUGCGCUAUUUGAGAGAUUUACAAAUGUGUAUAUUGCUGUGGAAAAAUACUGAUAAUGAUUUUUAUAUAUCUAUAUAUCUGUAUCUCAUGUAAAUCAUGUUAGGUGUUCUGUAAAGCAGUCAGAGGCUGUUCAGUUAACAUCAACUAAAGUUCUUCAACCAUCUUAACACUGCCUGCUUUAAAUAAAUGCGAAGGUCGUUAUGUGGAUUUUCUUAAACUAUUUAUACUAUGAUGUUGAUUCUGAUUGGUGGGGUGGUUUAGCUAUAUAAUAUUUUAAAAUCGUUUAUUUUACAGUCAAGUUAAAGAUAUAUACAUUUGUACAGAGGUUAUAGAAACAGCUCUAUAUAUUUUGAGAAGUACUGUAAUGUUAAUACAGUAAUCAUUACGUUUGUGUCCUACAAUCAUGUUCAGUUUAACACUAAAAUGUAAUUUAUUUGUAAUUGUAGUAUUGUUCUCUAAUAUCUGGUGACAGUGUGAUUUAACUGGAGACUUGUAAACUUUCAUUGUGAUUUACUUGGCUUUGCAACAUCCCUUUUGUUAAAUGCAAAUUAAAUGUGUCACCUUAAAUGUGUAGUACUGAACAGCAGUUAAGUGUUUUUAUUUUUCAAGACUUGCAGACGGUCAUCAGGAUGCAUGCACACUACUAAAACAUGCAAACGUAAAUAUGUUGUAUAUUCUAAAUGUCAUUUCCAAGCAAUAGUCUAGGCUAAUUGUCAUAAUGAUUUUCAUCAACCUUUUCAUACAGCUAAGUCUUUGCAGCUUUUAGCACAUGCUGUGUUUUAUAUGCUUUUCUUGGUGAAAUAUUUGACUAUAAACGAAAAGUAU